GGGUACGUACAAGGAAACACUAGUCGAGAGACGCUGCUAAAUCAAAGCGUGCUAAUGCCCUUUAUUCCGUAACAGUAAGGUUUCAUAAACUUAAUGGGUUGUACCUGUCGCUUGGAACGAAGUGUCGUUCCUUAACUCAACUACACAUGACUCUGAGGAUGAAGAUAGCUGUGCUGGGGGCCACUGGCCAGACGGGCCACUACUUGGUGACUGAGGCCCUGCAGCAAGGGCACACCGUCACAGCCAUAGUCAGAAACCCAGGGAAACUCACAGUUCGUCAUGAGCAGUUAAAGGUUGUUGAGGGGGACAUUUUCUCAGAGGACAGCCUUAAGCAGCACUUUCAAGGACACGAUGCUGUUAUCUCAUGCCUGGGCUUUCCUCCGUCGGUCCUCUACGGUGUCACUGGCUACACCCUCUCCAUGAGGGCGAUGGUUAACGCCAUGCGCGAGGCCAAAGUCAACCGCAUCAUAACCAUGACCUCGUGGUACACUGAGCCCGAAUCAGGCUCGCAGGCAUCUUACCUCAUCCGCUUCCUCCUGCUGCCAAUGAUCCGGAGUGUUCUCAGUAACAUGUUUGAGAUGGAGCACUACCUGAAGAAGACCGAGGAGGUCAACUGGACUGUGGUUCGACCCCCUGGUCUCAAGAAUGUACCUGCCACAGCCAAAGAGUUCCUAACCCACGAGGGGUACUUUGUCCCUGACGCCAAUGGACUACCCGUAGGAUCUUCUGUUGCCAGGGGUGAUGUUGCUCGCUUUAUGCUCUCACUGCUCAACAGUAAUGCCUGGUUCAAGAAGGGCGUCGCCGUAACAACUAAAUAAGCCAUCUUGUUCUGCCUUAAGAAGUGAAUUCACUAAAUUGUGUUCAAAUAUAGAUAUAUCAGAUAUAACUUAAAUGUGCUUUUGGUUUAGCCUUUGCCUUGUUUACUGUGUUCUUAACAUUUUGUGCUAUCCACAUGUAAUUAUUUGUGUUUAUUCCCAUUUUAAUAAAAAUAAACAUUUAUAUUUUGUAUUUGCAGAACUAGCUCUACAACCCAUGUGUUUGUUUGAUUUAUUCACAUGCAGGUUUAUACAGUUACAGGAUGUUUGUGUCAGUUCACAAAAUUCACUUCAGGUACAACUGCUUGGUAAACACAAUUGUCAUAGUAUAUUUUUACCACAAGGGGCAAACAUUCAUAGGAUUUUCUCUUACAAAUUUGGAGGGGUAACUGCAGAGUAGGUCAUGACUUAUCCUGCGAGGCUGUUGCAGAGAUUUAUGCCCUGACUGCCAACCUUUGCUUUACUCUUCCCCUGCAAUACAUUGAGAAAUUAGUUGUAGCUGUCUGACCUUUUGGUUGGUUUUAGUAUAACAUUUACUCAAUGUUGCUUUCAAGGAUUCCCAAUGUAACUUUUGAGCUCCUAGCAUUUUUUAAUGGCAUGGCCUUCAGCUCCAGUAUGGAAUGACAACCGGUUUGAGUUUCCCAACCCAAGUCUGUCUGUCAAAGAUAGCAUGUUCUUUUAGCUUUCUCCGUAGCUACUGUACAGUGUUCCUGUUUUGUCAUUUUCAGUUAUUCACACGAUACUUUGCAUGCUUCACUAUGCAACUAUACUGUAUGCUUGCUUGGUGCUUGGUUUCAGUGUCACCUAAUACAAACCUAUGUAUUAAGAAUGUAUGUAGUCAAGCUUCUAUUACAGACUAUUACAAGACCACAUACACCAGGGAUAUAUCCAUCUCCUUAAUUGAGUCUUCCCUAAUUCACCAUGAUGGUGAUAAAGAUUUAAAUAAUUCAAAUGUUUGUAUGUGGAACAGAGGCGGAUUUAACAACGUUACUGAGGGUUCACACUGAAGUGUGUUUGCAGUGAAAAAUAUACGAUAGUCUUGAAUAGUUUUGAACAUGAACAUUGGAGUAGCAAUUCCAUUGGCCAGUGUGGAGGUAACCCUAAACAUCCAUAUAAUAUCGUCAGUUUGAUGACAGCAAAGCUGUCUCUAUAAACCCAUUAAAGCAUUAUAAAAUACUAGUGCAGAGUUCAUUGUCAGUCAUGGGAGGGGAGCUGCCACCCAGACAUAAAAAGUCAUAGUUGACAUACCACACAGUAUCAGUAUCAGAAACCAAUCAAAUGUCUUUUAUUGGUUGUAAAAUUCAUAUGUGUUUAUUGAUUCAAUUCAUUACAUGUCAGAAAAUAAACACUUCAAUAUUCCUGGUACUGUACAUGGAGAGGCACUGAGUAAACUAUGAACAUCUGAUUUCCCCCCAUGCUGUUAGUCUUAUGUAAUUGCUCUACAAACUUACAAUUCAUCAAGAUUUCUCAACCCAGUAUCCAAAAAAGUUAAUGGUUAUUGAACACAUUUCUAAACUCUAGAGGCAUAUCUUUUGACCAUUUUGCAUGCUGGGUGAUGAUAUUUUGAUAACGGUGAAGCUGGAAUCCGAUGAUACUCACUUCCAAAGUUCAGCUUUGCAGACUUUCGGAAAGUGCAAAGUAGUCUCUUAAGAGAGUACAGUAGAUUUGGCAAUGAUUAAACCGUUUAUUUACAAAAAGUGCAAAUAUCAUUGCUGCGAAGUCUUAUGUACAUAACUGCUUAAAUAGUUAUUUGGAGUAGGAACCAAUGGGAGGAUCAUAGUCAUGCUGAGUUGCUAGACGCAGAACAA